AUGGGCAACUGUUUUCCUGUGGCGCAUAGAGCUCAGCCUAUUAGUGAUAGGAACAUUACAAGCCAAGAAGAUACCUUUUGUAAUACUAUGACUGCUUACAAAGAGACUACAACUGUUGUGAAUCCUAUGGCUAAUACGAAGCGAGAGUUUCAUAGCGACAAAGGGUCUACAUAUUGGCUACCAAAGGAUGAAGAAGAGCAGAUGAGACUUACAGGACAACACUAUGCUUUCAAGAGUCUAUUCGAAGGGAAUGUGUUACCAAGCGUAACAAGUGCUUUAGACUUUCAAAAGGGAAUCAACGUCCUUGAUGUAGGAUGUGGAUCUGGCGUGUGGAUUAUGGACAUGGUACAAGAAUAUCCUAAUUGUACCUACCAUGGAUGUGAUAUAGAUGACAUUACCUACAAGAAUGUAGAUGUAAAGCAGUUUACCUUUAGCAAAGGAAACGUAAUCAAAGGGCUCCCAUAUGAAGAUAAUACGUUUGACUUUGUCCAUAUGAGAUUUUUCGUCCUUGCUCUUCGUGAAGACGAAUGGCCAACGGCUAUAAAAGAAUUAAUACGUGUUACUAAACUCGGAGGCAUGAUACAGAUAUCAGAAUUUGGCUUUCAGGCAAGUCUGCCCAAAGAUACUACCAAUAUAUUCUAUAGGGUUAUGUCAGCUUUUAGAGACACUUGUAAAGCAAAAGGACAAAAUGUGUAUAUAGGAGCUGAACUAGAAAAUAUGCUCUCAAAGUUUGAUGGCAUAAAUAUUGCUCAAUCCGAAUGUAGGCUUUGUGAUACGAGUUCUGGAACGAAUACAGCAAAACUUUUUAUUUGGGAUGCCUUGGAAGUAAUAAAGAGUGUUCAAUAUAUAAUGGGUUCAGCCUUAGGAAUAAGUACUACAGAAGAGUUAGACAUAUUCUUGAAGAAAUACAAGCAUGACUUGGAAACAAAAGAGAGUGUCUAUCGCCUAGAUUCUGUUGCUGUCCAAAAGCUUUAA